GCCGCCCCUCGCCAGAGCCCACAGGCUACGCUGGUGGCCGGAGCGCCUCGGAAGCAGCAGAGAAGCCCCCCUCGGCCUGGGCGCGCCAAGAGGACGGGGGUUAAAAUGAAUGAAGACCUGAAGGGCAAUGUAAGCGGGCUGCCUCGGGAUUAUUUAGAUGCCGGUGCUGUGGAGAACAACUCAGCUGCUGUCUCCUCCCAGGUCCCCGUGGUAAAACCUGAGCCAGAGCUUGCUGUCAACCCCUGGGACAUAGUCUUAUGCACCUCGGGGACCCUCAUCUCCUGCGAAAAUGCCAUCGUGGUCCUGAUCAUCUUCCAUAACCCCAGUCUGAGAGCACCCAUGUUUCUGCUCAUUGGCAGCCUCGCUCUUGCAGACCUGCUGGCCGGCAUCGGACUCAUCAUCAAUUUCGUUUUUGCUUACUUGCUCGAGUCCGAAAUCACCAAGCUGAUCACCAUCGGGCUCAUCGUGGCUUCUUUCUCGGCCUCCGUCUGCAGCUUGCUGGCCAUCACCGUGGACCGCUACCUGUCCCUCUAUUACGCCCUGACCUAUCAUUCAGAAAGGACGGUCACCUUCACCUAUGUCAUGCUAGUCCUACUCUGGGGGACCUCCAUCUGUCUGGGGUUGCUGCCCAUCCUUGGCUGGAACUGCCUUCGAGACGAGUCCACCUGCAGUGUGGUCCGACCCCUCACCAAGAACAACACGGCGGUCCUCUCCAUCUCUUUCCUCUUCAUGUUCGCGCUCAUGCUUCAGCUCUAUAUCCAGAUCUGUAAGAUCGUCAUGAGGCACGCCCACCAGAUCGCCCUGCAGCACCACUUUUUGGCCACCUCACACUACGUAACCACCCGAAAAGGGGUCUCCACGCUGGCCAUCAUCCUGGGCACCUUCGCUGCCUGCUGGAUGCCCUUCACCCUCUAUUCCUUGAUAGCGGAUUACACCUACCCUUCCAUCUACACCUACGCCACGCUGCUGCCCGCCACCUACAAUUCCAUCAUCAACCCUGUCAUUUAUGCUUUCAGAAACCAGGAGAUCCAGAAGGCUCUCUGCCUCAUUUGCUGUGGCUGCAUUCCAUCCAGUGUCUCGCAGAGAGCUCGGUCACCCAGCGAUGUGUAGCCGCCACCCACCCACCCCU